CAUGCAGUACGAUAGCGGCCCAUCAGAUGAACGUAUUUUAAUAUUUUUUACUAAAGAAAAUCUAGAAUUAAUGGGAAAAUGUAAUAAUUGGUUCGCUGAUGGUACAUUUAAGUGCACUCCGACACUUUUUACUCAAAUUCACACAAUACAUGUAUUGUCAACCAAUUCGUUGAUACCUACUGUUUAUGCUUUAUUACCAAACAAAUCACAAAAAACAUAUGUACACCUCCUUAAUCAAUUAAAAAAAAAUUAAAUCAACUUUAUCACCAAUAUUAAUUAUGUCAGAUUUUGAAAUGGCAUCAAUUAAUGCAUUUAAAGAAGUAUUUCCAAAUUUAAAACAAAAAGGAUGCCAUUUCCAUUUUUCCCAAUGUAUUUGGCGUAAAAUACAACAAAUUCAAUAUAUGGCCCAAAAAUAUAUAUCAGAUUCGACAUUUGCAUUACAGAUAUGGCUCUUAUUAGCAUUAGCAUAUGUACCAGAAAAUCAUGUGAUAGAUGCGUUUGAAGAAUUAAUAGAUUCACAAUACUACACAGAUAACGAAAACUUUUUACAACCACUUAUUGACUACUUUGAAGACACCUGGGUAGGCCGCCCAAUAGGUCGAAGAAAAGGUCGUAGAUUACCAAAGUAUUCAAUUUCAAUAAGUUUAUGGAAUUGUUACGAAUCCGCAAGUACUUUAUUGCCAAGGACUAACAAUGCAGUAGAGGGUUGGCAUAGAGGUUUCAGUUCAUUACUUGGUGCAUAUCAUCCAACAUUAUGGAUAUUUAUCGAUGUGUUGAAAGAUCAACAACAUUUAGAGGACAUAAAACAGGAACAGUUCAUUGCUGGUGCCAAAAAACAUAAAAAAAAAAAAAAAAUACAAAGAUUGUUCAGAAAACAUACGGCUACGGCGUUGUUGAGCUCAGAUUGGCCACACUGUGCCCUGGGCCCAUACUUCGGCCGGCACGACCGCAACGGCUGCACCACCGACCAGUAUUUUUGGAUGAAACGGUACGUUAAACAACAUAUUCAAAUGUGUCUGGAUUGUUUGACACAUAAACGGCCGGCUGAUAAGAAACCAGGAUUGCUACACCCGAUACCGUUUGAGAUCGUACAUGUUGAUCAUUUAGGACCUUUUGAGACUAGUACCGCGGGUAACAGAUACUUACUGGUACUGGUCGACAAUUUGACGAAGUAUGUUCAGCUAUACCCGUGCCGAUUCACGGAUACCGGAGGUGUGGUGAAGCGGCUGAUAAUGUUUUGUGAUGAACAAGGGAUCCCCAAGCCGAAUAGUGAGUGA